AUGGAUAUCGAACCAACGUUCAAGGGUUAUAUAGAAGAUGAAAAUGAUGCACUUCUAAUACUCCAAGCUACUCUAGAUGGAAAAUUGAAACAUAUACCUAGAAGGCCUUAUGAAAUCGAGAGACCAUAUUUAAUUGUUUCUGGAAACAUAUUCGUAUUUAUCGAGGAGAUAUCAGGCAUCAAGAGAUGGACAGAUGGUGUUUCGUGGUCACCAUCAAGAAUAGCCAAUAAGUUUUUAAUAUACAAAGAAUUAGAUAAGGAUAAUCCAUCAUCAAUUGCAAGAAGGAAAGCUAGUUCAAGAAUAAAAUUACCACCUUUAGUGAAAACUAAUGUUGGCCAAGAUUUGAGUGAUAAUACUUCGACUUCAAAGAGUGAUAGUAAUUCUCCAUCGUCUUCAUUGAGAUCUGUCCAUCCUUUAAAGUAUACUGGGUUAGUGAAAAAGACUAUUUCAGUGACUCUGAAACGUCCUCCUUACAAUUAUUAUGAGAAUUUCCAUAUAGUUUCUUAUUAUACCACAGAAGAUGUUAAACAAAAUAGAUUAAUAACUCCAAAGGAUUCCCUAUUCUUUAGAAAUGUCAGACCCUCUCUGGAGUUAAUAACAGCGAUGGAAAACACUACACUUGGUAAUACAAAAGGACAUAACAAAAAUGCAUCUCUAACUCCUUCAAGCACCCCAAUGGGUAAUAUGGAAAUGGUUAAUAUAAAUACUGCAGGCAGUAAUCAAAAUCAUUUGAAUCCAUAUGGUCAUCCCGGAGUUGAGGCUGGUCCACUAAAUGGUAACAAUCUAAAGAGUAAUCAAAAUGGUAGAAAUCAACUUGUAAAAAAUGAAGAUUAUUCAACUAAUUCAUCUUCUACGUUAUUGCAUACAAUGAAUCCAUACAUCCCCCAAUCACCUAAUCCACAGAAUAAUAGAUAUUAUGUUCAGCAAGGAAAUAUACCAAAUGGAAAUGGGCAGGUCAUGAAUAGUUCGUAUAGUUAUCAAAACUCGACGUCAUAUAUGAAUUCAGAUUAUCCACCUUCACAACCACAACCUCAGCAAGCACAGCAACCACCUCAACAACAACAACCACAAUCGUUCCAAUCGCAAACACAUACACAAAAAUCUCAGCAGGGGCAAGGUUCACAACAUCAAGGAAAUGUACCCACUGUGAACUCGUAUCCUUUCUAUAUAUCCAGUACACCGUUCAGUAAUCAAGGUUAUUCGGAUAGCUCAGCACCCAAUGCAAAUUCAGGAACUGUACCGUCAUCAUAUUAUGCACAGAACGAGCAAAAUGGCACAAGUGCUACAAACAAUCUAUCGUCCAUUACGUACAAUGCAGGCCCAUACCCUGUAUACCCAGUAAAUGUGAACAUGUCAUACUAUGGUGGGAAUUCUGCUUUUGGGAAAGCCAGUCAUAGUGGUGCUGCUCCAAAUGAAAAUAGUUCUGCUGUAAUGACUCCCGCGAUGAAUAUGCCCGGAAAAGGUAAUGGACCCGUAAGUAACCCUGGAAUGGGAAAUGGAUAUAAUUCUAUCGCCGUUCAACAAGGUCCUAUGCAUAACCAACAGAGUCAUAACAUUCAACAGCAACAGCAACAGCAACAGCAACAGCAACAGCAACAGCAACAGCAACAGCAACAGCAACAGCAGCAGCAACAGCAGCAGCAGCAACAGCAACAGCAACAGCAACAGCAACAGCAACAGCAACAGCAACAGCAACAGCAACAGCAACAGCAGCAGCAACAGCAACAGCAGCAGCAUCAGCAGCAGCAUCAGCAGCAGCAGCAGCAACAACAGUAUGCGCAACCUCAACAGAUGCCAUACCGAACGAGUGGUGCGAACCAUAGCGGUUAUGCCAAUACGCCACAUAUCCAGGCCAUGCCUCAAAUGUAUCAAUACCAGUCUCAAUCUUUACCACAAUAUCAACAUCAAGUUCCAGGUACGGCACAAAAUGUAGCAUAUAUGUAUUCAAAUAUGCCGUAUGCAGCUUCAAAUAUGACCAAUGGUGGAUCUUCGGAAACCGUUAAUGGCUCCACAAAUGGAACAAGUAAUCAUAUAAUGGGGUCAUCUAUAAAUGCAACACCAACAGGGGCUCCAAAUAUGCAGACCAACAAUAUUGAGACUAAUUCAAAUAAUAAGGUACCUGCUUCGUCAAACAUGAAUCAGGGAGCUCGCUAG